AAUGCCAGCUGUAUUAUAAAUAGUGCAAAGCUUUGACGUUUUGGACAGAAGUCGGUUGAAACUACGUCGAGUAACGUUACCAUUACUAAACCGAAAGUUUGAUGCGUAACGUCAUAAUAUUGAAGUCUUCAGCCUUUAUAUCGCAACAAUAUUUAUAGUUUAUCGUCGAUCAUUUGAACGAGAUUGAUUUUCUCGCUUGAGCAGGUACUGCGAGAGAGAGACACGCAAUCGAGUUGAGAUGACCAAUUGUAAUAUGUUUGUCGCUAUUUUACCUAUCAAUUUCAUGUCAAUUUCAUCGACAUGCCACAUGCCCACAUAGUUUCUGGUGAUGAUUUUUCAUACCACUCGACUCCGCUGAGAAAGGAAAUUACCAGUCUGCAAGAGCAAUGUAAAAUUUCGUAAAAUAGCAAUAAUCAACAUAUUAUAGAAUUAGUUGUAAAUACAGCAACGGCAAUCGUGAUGUAUCAGCCAUCUGUGAGGAUAUCGAUAUCGCCACGGUUGCAAAUGCUUUGUCACACAUUGAAUCUGUAUGACGUCACGUCAUUGAUAUCACUCACUGAACAUUGCACAGUGCAAAGGCAGCUGAAUCAAACCCUGAAUCUGUAUAACGUCAUGUCAAAAAAAUACUACUUGAGGUUUAUAUAAUAAACUUUUUUGAUAUGGCUUUUUCAAUAGCACACUCUAUCAAUCAUGUAUGUGAUAUUGAAAUAGCCAUAUAUAAAAGCAACAUUAGUAAUUACCGCUUUUCGAAAGUCAUAAAUUGAAUCGAUUGAGAGAAAACAAAUCCGGGUUACAAACUAAAACCGAGGGAAGCAAAUCAACUAUUAGAGGGAAACAACGAAACACCAGAAACGAAGUGCAACAAAAAACAAAAAACAAUGCAACACACACAGGAACGAAUUAUAAGAUUACAACAAGUACUGCCAUUUUCAUGACUUGGUGCAGGACGUUUUGAGAAAAAUGGUGGGUUAAGCCUGGUUUUGUGGUUAGCCAAACCUUGUGUUUUUCAAUAAUAAUUUGAGGCUUGAACUUUUCAAUUCAAUUUGAUGGAAAAAGGAGUUGAAAUGCAUAUAUAUACAUGUAUGUAUAAAAUAAGAAGAUGUGGUAUGAUUGCCAAUGAGCCAACUCUCCACAAGAGACCAAAAUGACUCAGAAAUUAACAACUAUAAUAGGUCACCGUACGGCCUUCAAACAAUGAGAAAAGCCCAUACUGCAUAGUCAGUUAUAAACUAUGAUUUUUUCACCUCUUUAGAUUAAAUUAAAUGGUUGCAGAUAAAGUAUGAAAAUUUUACUUUGGAUCAAAUUUUGGAGACUUUUUUUUAAUUUUCUUUUUCACCUCAACCCCAUUUCUCAUUCAUAAAUACACUGAACGAUACAAUAAAAUGAAAUGAAAGUAAUAUACAGUAUUUAUUUCUCUUGAUAGAUACGUGAAUUUUUGAACUAACAACUGCAGAUGAACUCGAAGAACGUGGCCCAAUAACUUUUGUACUGGGAUAUACAACGAAUUUAAGAUCAUAAAUAGUAACUACCCGAAAUAACUCCUCGAUUUUAUCUAAAAGCUCUCAUUUCAGAAACGUUUUAAGUUUAUUUACGGUUUUUUGCUCAGCAGAAUGUCAUUGAAGAAUUUAAGUUACUUUGAUUCAUUAUUUUGAAACAUACAUCAAAUGGGACCAAAGACGUUACUAUUUACAUUUAGAAGUUCUUAAAUGAACAAAUUUUACCUUGAUAGAUUAACCACGUGGGUGUCACAAAGCUCAGUUAGUUUAUAUAAAGUUGUGAAGAGUAAAUAUAGUGACAGAAAUGAGAUUUUUAAAACCAAUUCGAUAAUUUUUCAUUUUAGAAAACUUGUUUAUCACAAAGUUAAAUUAGAUUUGCAAAGUUAUUCGCGAUAUUCAGUGUCUUUAUUAUUGGAAAUUUAAUAGUUACAAAUAGUAAGGAAUAUUUUGUGAUCAUGACUGUAUAUUUUUGUGAAUUUUGAGACCGUUGCAGCAUGUCAUUGAGAGUUGUUGUUUUGGGUGCAGAAAAUGUUGGCAAAUCCGCAGUGACAGUGAGAUUUCUUACACGAAGAUUUAUUGGAGAAUACAAUUCAAAUAUGGACCUGAUAUACAAGUCAAGCAUUAAACAGGAAGACUAUGUAACAGAUAUAGAAAUAUUAGAUUCAUGUGCUAAAAAGAAUACAUCCAUUGCACCAGGAGAUAGUGUUAUAACAUGGACAGAUGCCUUUAUUGUGGUAUAUGAUAUCUGUGUUCACUCCUCGUUCGAACAGGCCAUUAAAAUUCUGGACAUAAUAAACAAAGCUCGGGCAAGUGUGUAUUGCCCAGCACUUUUGCUGGGCAACAAAACAGACUUAGAACACAGACGAACAGUUGGUGUCGAGGAAGGACACCAGGCGGCGCUAGAAUACAAUUGCCAGUAUUAUGAAGUGUCGGCUGCUGAGGACUUUGUGACGAUUAGCAUUGCGUUUCAGGCGCUUUUAAGAGAGACAAAAAUAAUUCAACAGAAUAAGCCUUUAUUGAAAAGACGGAAAAGUUCUUUAGUGAAUGUGUCCAAGAAAUUAGGUGCAAUGUUUGGUAAGAAGGACAGUGAAAUGGAUCGCAAACGUUCUACGUGUGAUGUGGCAGGGCCAAAAACUAUUUUUGAAAAAGCGUAAACAAACGUCCGUGCAAUCACUUUAUAACUAAACGCUAAUUGUGGUUUUCCUUUUUAUUUUUCCGUCGUUUAAUUUUUUUUUGAAUCAAUCGAUUUUGCAUUGCUCAUAUUUGAAGGCCGUACAGUAACCUAUAUUUGUUAAUUUAUGUGUCAUUUGGUCCUCUUGUGGACAAUUGGCAAUCAUACCACAUCUUCUUUUUUUUUAAUAUAAAACCUGAUACGUGUAUGUUCUUUUUUCGUUUUCUUAUUUGCAAAACAAAAGUUGAUUUUAUGUACUUUUAUUAAUUAUUUCCAAUUUGUUUGAAGAGAAAUUAUUUGUAUCACAGUCACUUGUCCCUAAAAAGUUACUGAUAUCAAGGAUUUGUAUAAGAAUAAGAAUAAAGUACAAAAUGUAGGUUUUGAUGAGCUGAUAUCAAAACAAAAAAUGUCACUCAUAUUAACGAUAUACGCAUGUACCAUCUAAAGUAAGUACGUGUUAAUAGUUUCUUUUUUUUCGCAAGUACUGAGGACAGGGGUCUCCAAGCACAUUUAUACUGGCGCAUAUUUACAUGUUUUGUUGAGUUUUUUGUUUUGCAUUUUUGUUUUUAUGUAUUUAAGUUUGAAUAA